AUGGCUCCCAAGGCAGAGAAGAGGCCGGCUGAGAAAAAGCCAGCGGCUGCAGAGAAAUCGCCUGUUGAUAAGAAGCCUAGAGCAGAGAAGAAGUUGCCCAAAGAAGGAGGAGCCAUUGACAAGAAGAGGAAGAAGGCAAAGAAGAGCGUUGAGACCUACAAGAUUUACAUCUUCAAGGUCUUGAAACAAGUACACCCUGAUAUUGGGAUCUCAAGCAAGGCUAUGGGGAUCAUGAACAGCUUCAUCAACGAUAUAUUUGAGAAACUCGCUCAAGAAUCAUCAAGGCUUGCUAGGUAUAACAAGAAGCCCACAAUUACUUCUCGGGAGAUCCAGACUGCCGUCAGAUUGGUUUUGCCUGGAGAGCUCGCCAAACACGCUGUUUCUGAAGGGACUAAGGCUGUUACCAAGUUUACAAGCUCUUAG